CAGAGAAAUAUGAGUGGUGUAGAAAAAGAAAAAGCAAAGCCAUCUAACGAACACCACUAAAAACACAGAGUAAAACAAAAAAGAGAAGAGAAUCGGCAAUACGUGGCUCUCCUCGCUCGUGGGGAAAGACACGCGCCGAUCAGAGGGGCAGGAGAACGCUCGUGGGCGGCUCGAGCCUCGGCCCGGUUGGAGGAAGAGAUUCCCCCUUCAUAGAAGAGGACACUGUUGGCAGCCAUGAAUAACUCCCUGGAUGGCACAGGCUCCUAUGAAGAGCUUGUGAGGCAGAAAGCUCGGAGCAUCCCUCAGCAUCGCAUGAAGGAGUUCCUGGAGUCCUUGGCCAGCAAGGGUCCAGAUGCCCUGCAGGAGUUCAACCAGCAAAGUGGAGAUACUACGACCACCACCACCACAAUGGUCUAUCAACAAGAGGCAAACUGCAUCUACACAGACAGCACUGAGGUGGCAGGGUCACUCUUGGAACUGGCUUGUCCGGUUCAGGUGCAGGUUCAGCCGCAGCAGCAACAGAUACAAGAGUCCACGUCUCAGCAGCAAUCUGUACAGCAGAAUACAGAGCAACAGAUAGUGCAGGUGCAGAUUCAGGGCCAGCAGCAAGGUCAGAUGCUGGGCCAGGUCCUCCAAGUGCCCUCUGGGUCCCAUCAACAGCUACAAGGUGUGACUACGGCACAGCUGAUUCAGCCUGGGGACCUCACUGAGGAGCAGCACCAACAGCUGCAAGCCCAGUUGGUGGCAGCCGUUGCAGGGGGGCAACAGAUCCAAAUCCAGACAGUCGGAGCUCUCUCUCCCACCCAGCAGCAGGACAAUACUGAGAGGAGGGUACUGGGAACCACUGUUACAUCCCAGGGAGCAGGCGUCCUUCAGCCAGCCAAGAAGCGCAAGGUGGAUAUGCCCAUCACUGUGUCCUACGCUCUGCCUGGUCAGCAGGUAGCCACAGUCCUAGCUAUCCCUCAGGGACAGGGUCAGCAGCAAAGUUAUGUGUCCCUGCGGCCAGAUCUGUUAACUGUGGACAGCUCCCACCUUUACAGUGCCACAGGCACUAUCACCAGUCCAACAGGGGAGACCUGGACCAUCCCUGUUUAUUCUGCUCCUGCUGGAUCUGGAGGUCGUGAGCAGGUCACACAUAUUGCCAUCCCCCAGGAGGCCUAUGGAACAGUGCAGGUUGCAGGAGCGAACACUACAACGAUGACCACAAUGCCAACACAAGUUACUAUUGAUAAUGACAAGUUGAAAAUCCCUGCCAGUCAAAGUCAGACAGCGCAGGCUGUUUCCAGCAUAACGAGUUCUGUAGGAAUGGGGGGCCAGGAAGAGGUGGUGCACACGCUGGCUGCAAACACACUGUUCCCUGCCCAGCUGAUGAAUGGAAAUAUCCACAUCCCAGUUGCAGUACAGGGCUACUCCAACGCUACACAGUCCCUUAUCUGGGACCCACAGCAGCAGGUGCUGCACACACAGGGGCUGUCAGGACAGGACGCACAGCAACUACAGGGUCAGACAGUGGUAGCAGAGGUAGACAGUCAAGGCCAGCAGCAGGUGCAGGAGCUGCUGUUACCCGCUACUUUGAAGCCAGAGGAGGGGCUGGACGUGUGGCGGGUUUGGGCUCAGCGGAAAAAUGCAGAGUUGGAAAAAUCUGACAAAAAUAAAUUGGCCCCCAUUGGCCGACGCCAGGCACUGCGUUUCCAGGAGGACUUAGUGUCAUGUGCAGUUGCUGAGCUCUGCAUGGGUCUCUCUUUGAUGACAACAGAGGCCCGAGGGCUGGAAGGGGAGUGUUUUGAGUCUGAUGUUCUCUAUUAUAUUUUUCUGUGCAUACAAAAAUAUCUGUUUGAUAAUGGUCGUGUGGAUGACGUUUUCUCAGAUCAGUACUACACUCGCUUUGCUCACAGUUUGCACCAGAUCCUGGAGCCCUGGAGACCACCUAUUCAUCCACUAGGUUAUGUUAUCCCCAGUCAUGUGACAGAAGAGAUGUUAUGGGAAUGUAAACAGCUGGGAGCACAUUCCCCCGCAACGCUGCUCACAACUCUAAUGUUCUUCAACACCAAGUAUUUCCACCUCAGGACAGUGGAUCAGCAUUUAAAAGUGGCCUUUUCUAAAGUGCUAAGACACACCAGGAAGAGUCCCAAUAACCCCAAAGACAAGAGCACCAGCAUCCGAUACCUAAAGUCUACAGAGAGGUUCAUAGGGCAGAAAGUCACAGACGACAUGUACUCAGAGCAGCUGGAGGACCCGGAGAAUCCGUUGAGAUGUCCGAUCAAGCUCUACGAUUUCUACCUCUUCAAAUGUCCACAGAGUGCUAAAGGUCGUAACGAUACCUUCUACCUGACUCCCGAGCCUGUUGUGGCUCCAAACAGCCCCAUCUGGUACUCCACUCAGCCAAUCCCAAAAGAACAGCUGGAGCAGAUGCUCGCCCGCAUCCUUGCUGUCCGCGAAAUCCAGGAACACAUUAACAUGUCGGAGAGUGUGCACUAGUUGAUCGGGUCGGAGAAGAAUGAACGGACUAGACUCUUCCUCUUUCUCUUCACCUAGCCUUUGAUUGCUCAUUAUCGGUAGUUUUCUAUUCUCUCACACCCUCUUGUGGUCUUCAAGGGUGGCAUGUAUAUGUUUAUAUUCAUUAUGUGUCAGCAUAUCUUACACACAUGGACUGUACAUACACAUACAACCAAUACAAGUCAUUAUUUGUCUUACUGAGACAAUUUCUCAACCUUACCACAAGUUGCUUUUUAUUUUUGUUUGUUUGGCCAAAAGAUGAUUGGACACGAACUCUAAUUUAAAUGUUUUAACUGUUGGAUAUUCUCACCAAUAGUCUGAAAAGUUUAUUUCUCUAUUCUUUUUUUGUUUUGUUUUAAUCUGUAAUAUAUUUCAUAUAUAUUUUCUCUGCGGUUGGUCGGCGCUAUGCUGCUUUUCAUAAAAAUCCCUCUUUGUUGCUCUACUUUCCUCGUCUGCCUUGUCACUAUUAAGUGUCACAGUGAAUACCUCAGUGGUAUUAUGGUCGCAUUAAGUAGCCUAACAGGCUAAAAGCUCAUUUUCAACUUUUGUGACGUCUCCCUCUCUGUCUUUGUUUUUUCACUCUUAUCUGUGUUGAGCUGGACACCGAACUCUGGAGAUGACUGGCUUGUUAGUGAAUGCUGCUUGGGCUGUAGCGGCCCCCUGCUGGACAAGCUCAGCCACACAGAAUCACAUCAGGACUCUGUUACAGACUUUAAUGCAAUGCAGCUACUAGCACUUGCCACACAGUGGAGAUGUGGCAGAGGAACGGUCAUGGAUACUGACUGCUGCUGGAUCCUCCUUUCUCUAUUCAGUACAUCACCAACACCCCCCCCCCCCCCCCCUCCAAACUCACCUGAAGAGGGAUCUUCUUGUAUCAUACAUGUUUAUUACAUGACAGAUGAAAGACUAAAACAGUGGUUUGCCCUAAAUGUUCUAUAAUGUAUAAUACUCAUAGCUCCUUCAUGUACUGUAAUGGGUUUCAGUCAUCUAAGGAGAAUGGCAGUGCCUGUGUGUUUUUGAAACAUGACCUUUUUUGUACAGCCACUAUACCAUGCGUCUGCCUUUCUAGCAAGUCCGGUAUCAAUUCUGCACAUGCAUCCUUGAUUACUGAUAGCCUGCAUUGUGUGAUAUAAAAUGGUGCACAAUGAUUUUUCAAAAAAUCUAAAUAAAAGUCAUCUCAACAAAUGUAAUAGAAGCAAACAGACUUACACAAACAAUGAACCAAUUUACACUCUUUAGUAUUUUUAGUUAAAGGACAGAUUCACAAUUUUUCCAGUCUGUCUUAA